AUGUCAACGUAUUCGGCCCCACGUCCCACAGACAUCGUCAACUCUCAUAUUUCAAGUCUAUGCCGAGCAUUGCAAAAGGUGCAAAUGGAAGAACCUUACGACCUCCGCCUCGACUUCUAUCCCGGCGCCGAGUUCCGAUCAGGGGAUGUACGCUGUGCUCGGACGGGCAUGUAUAAACAUCUUGUAUAUGAGAAUGAUUAUAUCAAGUGA